UCAGUAUUUUAUACAUUUCUUCUAAAACCAUGACGGUUCAAAGUGCAAAUUGGUUACUAAUUUGGGCCUAUGCUAUAGGUAUUUUUGAUCUGGUUAGUGCUGUAUUCUUUUUUCUGAUCAGCCUGAAGACAAUAUGCAGUCGGCUCAGUUGGCUAAGCAUUUUUGCAGUAACUUUUGGCCUAUUUUGGGUUACAAUGAUAUUUAUGCUUCUAGUGGGCAUUCAUGGGCGCAAGCCCCAAUGUGUACGAGACUGGAUUAUAUUCUGCUGUAUAGGCAUUGUCUUCGAAAUGGGUUUGAUUGUCUAUGCAAUUUUCAACGACAGUUCUUUUAAUACUGGUUUAUUAAAAAACGGCAUCUUACUUAUUGCUGGUUUGGUUGUUGAAUGCAUGUUUUUGUAUAUUAUUUACCGCUUUUAUGUGACAAUGGAAUUUUGUCAAAACUGUCAAAAGCCCAAACUUGUUGAUCCUUGCGAUAAGAAAAAGGUUAAUAAAAGGCAGGCGAAAGCCAAGAAAAAACAAUUACCUAAGAUGCGCCAUAAGGGGAAAAUAGUUACAAAUGGCCCUAAAGUUUUAGGAGGACGAACCAUUGCCAAUAUCCCUACGCAACCUUUGAAACUGAAUCGAUCUUCUGCUGCCUCUUCGGAAUAUUAAAAGGACAAUGGAACACAUAUUUUAUAUUUUUGAAUUUUAUGUUUCUGAAAAUAUAUA